CUGAGUGCGGCUGUCCCUCUGCAUCUCACCCGCCCCUCUGGCACCACGGGCUGAGAGGGAGGGACGUCUAGCAGAGGGCUGGACUUGGCCUUCUGCUCCAGGUACCAGAGCAAAUGCCGGGAUCAGGAUGGGGAUGAUGUCAGCCCUCCGAGGGAUAAAUCGAGCGGCGUCCCCUGUGUCUGGCUGACAAGAGGCGCAUAUAAGGGGGAAGCCGCCUGCAGUACAGGACCCAGGCCAUGUGCACCGAGGGACCGCUCUGAGCCUUCCCACUCCAUGGCCCUCACUCUUUCUGGGCUUGCUUUGGGACAUCAAUCAGUCAUCAAAAUACCAGGAGGCAGGAUGCUCUGGAGGCUGGCCCUGCUGGCUCUGUGGGUGUCUUCCACCUUGCAUGCUGCUGACCAGGAUGAUGACGCUUCCUUCAACCUUUUCAGUGUCAGCAACAUAAACCGCAAGACCAUCGGAGCCAAGCAGUUCCGAGGGCCUGACAUCAGUGUACCGGCGUACCGGUUCGUCCGCUUUGACUACAUCCCACCGGUGAACGCUGAUGACCUCAGCAAGAUGGCCAAGAUGAUGCAGCAGAAGGAGGGCUUCUUCCUUGUGGCCAGCCUGAAGCAGGACCGCAAGUCCCGGGGUACCCUGCUGGCCUUGGAGGGCCCGGGCGCCACACAGCGGCAGUUUGAGAUCGUCUCAAAUGGCCCGGCUGACACGCUGGACCUCACCUACUGGGUGGAAGGGGCACAGCAUGUCAUCUCCCUAGAAGAUGUGGGCCUGGCAGACUCCCAGUGGAAGAACAUCACGGUGCAGGUGACGGGCGAGACCUACAGCCUGUACGUGGGCUGUGACCUGAUGGACAGCUUCACACUGGAUGAGCCCUUCUAUGAGCAGCUCCAGACAGAGAAGAGCAGGAUGUACGUGGCCAAAGGGUCCUCCCGGGAGAGCCACUUCAGGGGUUUACUUCAAAAUGUGUACUUAGUUUUUGAAAAUUCUGUGGAAGAUGUUCUAAGCAAGAAAGGGUGUCAGCAAGGCCAGGAAGUGGAGGUCAAUGCCAUCAAUGAGAACACGGAGACCCUCCACCUGAGCCCACAUAUCACAACUGAGUAUGUGGGCCAGAGCGCGGAGAAGAAGCCGGAAGUGUGUGAACGCUCCUGCGAAGAGCUGGGUCACAUGAUCGACGAGCUGUCAGGGCUGCAUGUGAUUGUGAACCAGCUGCACGAGAACCUGAAGAAAGUGUCGAAUGACAACCAGUUCCUCUGGGAGCUUGUUGGUGGACCCCCUAAGACCAGGAAUGUGACAGCGUGCUGGCAGGAUGGCCGGUUCUUCGCAGACAACGAGACCUGGGUAGUGGACAGCUGCACGACCUGCACCUGCAAAAAAUUUAAAACUGUUUGCCACCAAAUCACAUGCCCGCCAGUGACAUGUGUGAAUCCAUCCUUCCUGGAAGGUGAAUGCUGCCCUUCUUGCUUCCACUCUGUGGACAGUGACAAGGGCUGGUCUCCUUGGGCAGAGUGGACAGAAUGCUCUGUUACCUGUGGCUCGGGGACCCAGCAGAGAGGACGGUCGUGUGAUGUCACCAGCAACACCUGCCUGGGACCCUCCAUUCAGACGAGGCUGUGUAGCCUGGGCAAGUGCGACAACCGUAUCCGGCAAGAUGGCGGCUGGAGCCACUGGUCCCCCUGGUCCUCCUGCUCUACCACCUGUGGGGUUGGCAACAUCACGCGCAUCCGGCUCUGCAACUCCCCGGUCCCGCAGCUGGGUGGCAAGAGCUGCAAGGGGAGCGGCCGUGAGACAAAGGCAUGCCAGGGCGUCCCCUGCCCCAUUGAUGGCCGGUGGAGCCCCUGGUCCCCGUGGUCAGCCUGUACGGUCACCUGUGCCGGUGGCAUCCGGGAGCGCACACGGGUCUGCAACAGCCCUGAGCCCCAGCAUGGAGGGAAGGCCUGCGCAGGAGACACCAAGGAGCAGCACAUGUGCAACCGGAAGAGCUGCCCUGUCGAUGGGUGUCUGUCCAACCCCUGCUUCCCGGGAGCAGAGUGCAACAGCUUCCCCGAUGGCUCCUGGUCCUGCGGGUCCUGUCCACCUGGCUUCCUGGGCAACGGCACCCACUGCGAGGACUUAGAUGAGUGUGCUGUUGUCACAGACAUCUGCUUCACGACAAACAAGGUUUCCCGCUGCAUGAACACCAACCCUGGUUUCCACUGCCUGCCUUGUCCCCCACGCUACAGGGGAAGCCAGCCAUUUGGGGUCGGCCUGGAGGCAGCCAGGACAGAGAAGCAGGUGUGUGAACCCGAGAACCCUUGCAAAGACAAGACACACCGCUGCCACAGGAAUGCCGAGUGCAUCUACUUGGGCCACUUCAGUGACCCCAUGUACAAGUGUGAGUGUCAGACGGGGUACGCCGGGGACGGCCUCAUCUGCGGGGAGGACUCGGACCUGGAUGGCUGGCCCAACAAGAACCUUGUCUGUGCCACCAACGCCACCUAUCACUGCAUCAAGGAUAACUGCCCCCAUCUGCCUAAUUCUGGGCAAGAAGACUUCGACAAGGAUGGAAUUGGGGAUGCUUGUGAUGAGGAUGAUGACAAUGAUGGCGUGAGCGAUGAAAAGGACAAUUGCCAGCUUCUAUUCAACCCCCGCCAGCUUGACUAUGACAAAGAUGAGGUUGGGGACCGCUGUGACAACUGCCCAUACGUGCACAACCCAGCGCAGAUCGACACCGACAACAAUGGCGAGGGUGAUGCCUGCUCCAUGGACAUCGACGGGGACGAUGUCUUCAAUGAGCGAGACAAUUGUCCCUAUGUCUACAACAUUGACCAGAGAGACACCGAUGGCGAUGGGGUGGGGGAUCACUGUGACAACUGUCCCCUUGUGCACAAUCCUGACCAGACAGAUGUGGACAAUGACCUUGUUGGGGACCAGUGUGACAACAAUGAGGACAUCGAUGAGGAUGGUCACCAGAACAACCAGGAUAACUGCCCUUACAUCUCCAACGCCAACCAGGCCGACCAUGACAGGGAUGGCAAAGGCGAUGCGUGCGACUCGGAUGACGACAAUGACGGUAUCCCUGAUGACAGGGACAACUGUAGGCUUGUCUUCAACCCAGACCAGGAGGACUCAGAUGGCGAUGGGCGGGGUGAUGCUUGCAAAGACGACUUUGACAAUGACAGUGUCCCAGACAUUGAUGAUGUGUGUCCUGAAAACAAUGCCAUCAGCGAGACUGACUUCAGGAACUUCCAGAUGGUCCACCUGGACCCCAAAGGCACCACUCAAAUUGAUCCCAAUUGGGUGAUCCGUCACCAAGGCAAGGAGCUGGUUCAGACAGCGAACUCUGACCCUGGCAUCGCUGUAGGUUUCGAUGAAUUUGGGUCUGUCGACUUCAGUGGCACGUUUUAUGUCAAUACCGACCGGGACGACGAUUAUGCUGGCUUUGUCUUUGGCUAUCAGUCCAGCAGCAGAUUCUAUGUGGUGAUGUGGAAGCAGGUCACUCAGACCUACUGGGAGGACAAGCCCACGCGGGCAUAUGGCUACUCAGGGGUGUCUCUCAAAGUGGUCAACUCCACGACGGGCACGGGAGAGCACCUGCGGAAUGCACUGUGGCACACGGGGAACACGGAGGGCCAGGUGCGCACAUUAUGGCACGACCCCAAAAAUAUUGGCUGGAAAGAUUUCACGGCUUACAGGUGGCAUCUUACUCAUAGACCCAAGACAGGUUACAUAAGAGUGUUAGUGCAUGAAGGAAAACAGGUGAUGGCUGACUCAGGGCCUAUCUACGACCAAACCUAUGCUGGAGGGCGGCUAGGCCUGUUUGUCUUCUCUCAAGAGAUGGUCUAUUUCUCGGACCUCAGAUAUGAAUGCAGAGAUAUCUAAACAAGAUUUGCUGCAUUUCCAGCCAUGUACUGUACAUGCUGUUACCCAGACACCUCAAUUCAUCCUGGCACUUGCAGCUUCUCUCUCUUAGCAGCACCUCCUGCCCCUUGCCCUUAACUCUGAAUGGUUAUUCAUCUCCUGUCAUCAACCCCAAACCCAAGUGCCUUCAUAGGAUAAAUGUUAAUGAAACCCAAAGAUGAGAUUCCAACCCAUUAUAGGAAAACAGUUUGAUAAUGUAUGUGACUCUAUGCAGAGUGAAAAUGGAGUAUGACAUGCAUUGUUCUUUCUUGUGUGUUUAAAAAAGAAUGACGUUUACAUAUAAAAUGUAAUUACUUAUUGUAUUUAUGUGUAUAUGGAGUUGAAGGGAGUACUGUGCAUAUACCAUUAUCAUAAAUUAAGCAGGAAAAAUAUUGCUAAAUCACUUUCAUUGCUUAAAGUUGUCACUAUUCUUGGAAUAGAGCUGUUCUACAAUAACACACAAAUCAUAUUAGGUCAAUUAUAAAACAGGGUCAAUGAAUGUCUGAGGCAAUGCCAUAGUAAGGAAGAGGCUAGAAAACGAUAAUCAUAUCAGACUAUAGCCUGAUCUCAAAUGAUGGAAGAUAUCAAUUAACUAAUUGGAACAUAAAAAAUAAUUACAAAAAUAAGUGAAUACCCCCCAUUCUCCUCUUCUCCUACAAUGAACCACCCCCACACACAUUAUGCAGAGAUGUAAUUGAAUCAAGGAAGGAUUAUCUUUUUGUAAAUAUCUUGUGAAAAGGGUUGAACUAGAUUCUAAACGUGAGCCUGGGACUGGCAAAUUCCAACUCAAGUGUUAGUUUAGCAGAGCAAAGUGCCUUAGUUUGAGCUGGUCACUUCUGCUGUUCUAGCACUGAGAGAAUUCUUGGCUACUUGCCAUUUGGUUUUGCAUUACGGCCACCAGAACUUUUUGCUUGGGCUUCUUUCUCAAUCUCUGGUACUAGCGAACAGACAAGCAGACACAUAAGCAAAUGCACUUUGGCAUAUAAUUCCUAUUCUAGGCUUUGGGAACUAUGGAAUAGUUGCUUUUACCUAAUUCACUAACACAUUUCAUUAAGGUUCCAGUUAUAAAUGUUUUGUUAAUAUUUAUUGAAUGAAUAUAGAAUGCAACCCCAUUUGCCAGUAACUUAUUUUAGAUGUGUCAAGUAAUACAUAGGUGGUAUAAUUUCUAGAAAUGAACUUAUAACCAGUAUGUAAUAAUAUAUAGUGUUACAGCAAGAAAUAUGCUUGCAAGCAUACAAGGCUUAGUAAUAUUAUGUUGUCAUGAUAAAGCAUGCUGUAAAAUGUAAUAGGUAAAUAAAUAAUAAUGAAGAGUUUAUAAAUGGAACCUUAAUAUAUACUAUUGACAGUAAUUUUAAUAUCGUAUGUUUUACUGUUACCUCUCUGCUGUAUAUAGGAUUUUUUUUUUUAAUACUGAAGAAAUACCAGCAUUUACUGUUAAAAGACACACCGAUUAACUAGUCAUGCAGUAAUGUACAAAAGUUUGAUUUCUUUUUGGCUUUAAGUUGCAUGGUCUUUCUUAAAAAAAUAUUAAUCGCACUCUAUGUAGGGGUUUAAUAAGUUUGUCUUGUCUGUCUGAUAUGGGGUGACUCUUCCUCCCCUUUCUGUUAAUAGUGAUCUCAUUUCCAUGUCUAGUAGAAAGGAUCCAUAGCAUUAGUCUUAAUUACAGAUUUCGUUUUUGUUUUGAUAAAAUUAUUUUUGUUGCUUCCUUUGAGGUUAAUUUUGUUUUGUUUCUUUUGCUGCCACUUCUUUCUUUUUUUCUUUUUUUUAUUUUGUGGAACUGUAGUCCCAAGACCAGCAAAGGGUUGGGAGACUUCAUUAAAUGUAAGGAUCAUAAAGAA